AUCAGGUACUCAGAAGCAGGAAGCAAACCAAUCGGACGCCUGGGAGGUAAGGCGAGGCCAUGGAAUAUCCACCAACCAGAUAAUCAUCACUGGCAUAGCUGGGAAGUGUCCGAAUGUAGGCUGCAGCAGUCCUGAAGGUUGAUGGAGGGCCAUGCUAUUCAAACAGCAGGCGUGGCUGAGACAGAAGCUCCUGGUGCUGGGAAGCCUUGCCGUUGGGAGUCUCCUGUAUCUAGUCGCCAGAGUUGGGAGCUUGGAUAGGCUACAACCAAUUUGCCCCAUUGAAGGUCGAUUUGGUGGAGCCCGCGGUCAGGCUGAAUUCCCACUCCGUGCUCUGCAGUUUAAGCGUGGCCUGCUGCACGAAUUCCGGAAGGGCAACACUUCCAAGGAGCAGGUUCGCCUCCAUGACCUGGUGCAGCAGCUCCCCAAGGCCAUUAUCAUUGGCGUGAGGAAGGGAGGCACGAGGGCCUUGCUUGAGAUGCUGAACCUCCAUCCAGCAGUGGUGAAAGCCUCUCAAGAAAUCCACUUUUUUGACAAUGAUGAGAAUUAUGCCAAGGGCAUUGAGUGGUAUAGGAAAAAGAUGCCUUUUUCCUACCCUCAGCAAAUCACAAUUGAAAAGAGCCCAGCAUAUUUUAUCACAGAGGAAGUUCCGGAAAGGAUUUACAAAAUGAACUCAUCCAUCAAGUUGUUGAUCAUUGUCAGGGAGCCAACCACAAGAGCUAUUUCUGAUUAUACUCAGGUGCUAGAGGGGAAAGAGAGGAAGAACAAAACUUAUUACAAAUUUGAGAAGCUGGCCAUAGACUCUAAUACCUGUGAAGUGAACACAAAAUAUAAGGCGGUAAGAACCAGCAUCUACACCAAACAUCUGGAGAGGUGGCUGAAAUACUUUCCAAUUGAGCAAUUUCACAUCGUGGAUGGAGAUCGCCUCAUCACAGAACCUCUGCCGGAACUUCAGCUCGUGGAGAAGUUCCUAAAUCUUCCCCCAAGGAUAAGUCAGUACAACUUAUAUUUCAAUGCUACCAGAGGGUUUUACUGCUUGCGGUUUAAUAUUAUCUUUAAUAAGUGCCUGGCGGGCAGCAAGGGACGCAUUCAUCCGGAGGUGGACCCCUCUGUCAUUACCAAAUUGCGCAAAUUCUUUCACCCUUUCAAUCAAAAAUUUUAUCAGAUCACUGGGAGGACAUUGAACUGGCCCUAAAAAAACAUGCCAUACAACACUAUGUGUUGUGCCUGGACACACAUGAUAUCUCUUCUAGAUUAAAAAUAUGCACUUUUCCUAGACACAUCUAUCCAAGUCAUUUUUCAAUGUAUACUUGUACAUAAGUAGUGUGUGACCAAAUAUCAGAUCAGUUCUUUUUCUACUGAAAAUGUACAAAAGACAUACUGUCUGCAUAGAUGAAUCUUUUAAGCUAUUUACAGAACAGAAGAGGUGGUGGUUUGGGGAAAAAGUAACUGCAGCUAUUCUCCAAAAGUUAGUCUUCCUUUGAUUCAGAAUUUGUCAUCCGCCAUCUUCAUAGAUUUAAGCCAAAAUAUAAAUGUGUGAAAAAAAUACCAAUGGCUGUGAAGAUUCAGGAAGUAGAGAAUUCAGUUAUGCAUUUUUUUUCCUAAGGGAAAGCUGGCUCUUUAAUUCAGAUGCUGAAUUGGUGCCAUGAAAAAGCAAAACAAAAAGUGCUAUUUUCUUCUUAUUUAAAAGAAUGUCUUAUCUCAUAAAAUUGACAUUGUUCCAAAGUUCUUGUGGUGAUUUUGCACUAUUGUUUUCUUGUAUGGGCCAUGGUGUCACCUGUAGCAUGUCAAUCACAUGUUGGAAAGUCAAGUCUUUUACUUCCAUGUUGUAUGUCAACAAAGAGAAAUAUCUUGUACAUAGUGUAUAUUGUUGUAAAUACUGGUUUCACACUAAGCAAUUCUAUUUUGUAAACUGAAUAUGGCUAUUUAAUUUAUUGUGAAAAUUAAAUUUAUUGUGGUAUUUAAAAAUGGAAUGGAUUAAAAUUACUCUAUGUGCAA